CCAAAUACGCAAGCUCCAACUAUGCAAGCUCCAAAAGUUGUGUUUGAGGCUGGCGGGUCAGGGAAGAAACAGGGGUUGAAUCUGAAUGCUAAUGCACAUGAGAAUGUUCCGGUUCCACUGGGAGUUUCUAACAGAUUUUCAGGUUUGGUGGGUGAUGGUGAGUUGCAUGAGACAGGGGGGGAAAUGGUCGUGAUUGAAGAGGAUAAGGAGAAUGUGAGUAGUCAGAAUGGGGUGAGGCAGGGGCAGGAAAGGCUUCCAGGAAAUGGUAUUGUGGCUGCAGGUAGGAAAGCUUUGGAUGGUGGGAAAAAGCUAACUGUGGAGUUGGAGAAAAGGAAUGGUGGUCUAAAACAAGGGAAGCAACCUCGAGGUAAACUGGUUAAGUCGAAUGCGCCAACCAGAGGCUUGGUUUUUGGACCGGGGAGAGGAGAAGUAUUAGGGAUUUCUUCUGGGAAGCGCCUUCGGGUAGAAAAUGAGAGUGUGGGCAGAGCUGGUGGCGUUUAUAUCGCAGGAUCUGAUGGGUUGAGGGAUACAGGGAGUCAGGCUCAAGGUAAUGAGGUGAUGACAACUACAGGUACUGGUUCAUCAGGAGUUGAUGGCACGAGUAUGGAUCUGGUUCUCCAGGAGGAUAGAUCGGGCCAGCAUGUGGUUGAUGGGGAUAAAUAACAGUUUUCCCCGGCUGUUCUGUGUGAUUUAUUCAGAAUUACAAUGAAGUGUUUAUUAUGGA